UGCGGUCCAACAGACAGACGCAGGACUGUAUCGCUGUUUUGUCCAAGAUGAAUCAACUAAAGGAGACCCGCAUGCCUACAUGAUACAUGUAGCCAUGAAUGGAGAACACCAAAAAUCCAACACCAACUCUAUUGUUAGAGGGAACAUAACAACAACAUUCAUUCUUUUCAUUGUCGGCAUUUUGGUCGCACUAUCAUGACUUCACUAUCGCCGGGUUCACACUUGACUUCUUUUUUUAAGCUGCUAGCCUCUGUUUUACAUUAUAAUCCUAUGGCUGUGUUCAUACAAGUUGUAUGAAAAUAUAUAUAUAUGUGUGUGUGUGUGUGUGUGUGUGUGUGUGUGUGUGCGUGCGUGCGUGCGUGCGUGCGUGCGCGCGCGUGCGUGCGUGUGUGUGUGUGUGUGUUGUCAUAGCAGCGUGGUACUUCCUUCAUAGGACAUACCGGCAGAAAAGGAAGUACCACGUUGCUAUGGUAACACAAUAUUGCUCUCUCUCACACCUGUCAAAUUAAUUUAAAUGAAUUCUACAUGAUAUUAAGAGGUGAAAAGUUGGUUAAUUUCAACCCUAAACAAUGAUAAAAGAGUUUAACAAAUUUACCAUUUCUUGCCUUUGUAACGUCUAUCAGCCGCAGUGCCCUCGUGCUCCACAAGAGGGCACUCUUCUUAUCACCCGGACUGCCAUCUCACACUACAUUUCCCAUAACCCUUUGCCCGGACUGUCAGCCAUCAUUGCAUUCACCUGUGUCUUGUUAUCUUGUGUGUAUAUAUAGUGCCUGUGUUUCUUGUGUCAGUUGUCCGUAUUGUUUAUAUUGUAAUGUGUUCGUUGUGCCUUGUUCUCUGCCUUUGGUUUCCGUGGAUAUUACUUUUAUAUUAAAUACUGUUGCAUUUGUAUCCUACUUGACCAUCUCAUCAUUACAGCCGUACUGUUUUAAACAUUUAAAAAUCACUAAACAUUUGUAAUCCUAUUUACUACAUACAGGUGUUGGACAAUGAAACUGAAACACCUUGUUUUAGAUCACAAUAAUUUAUUAGUAUGGUGUAGGGCCUCCUUUUGUGGCCAAUACAGCAUCAAUUUGUCUAAUGAAUGACAUAUACAAGUCAUACACAGUGGCCAGAGGGAUUUUGAGCCAUUUCUCUUGCAGAACAGUGGCUAGGUCACUAUGGGAUGUGAUGCUAAUGGUGGAAGACUCGCUCCUCCAAAACACCCAAGUGGCUCAAUAACAUUCAGAUCUGGUGACUGUGCAGGCCAUGGGAGUCCCCCAUGUGCAGGGAAGUUGAAGUCCAACUUCACUUUCAUGUUCAUCAAACCAUUGUCAUCCUGAUACACUGCACCACCUUCAGGGCACAAUGUGUAAACCAUUGGGUACACAUGGUCCUCCAGAAUGUUCAUGUAUUGAGACUAGGGAAUGCCAUGAUAUUGCAGCCCACUGCUGGCACCAUUGAAACAACAUUUGGCAUUGGCACACGUGACCAAAGGUUUGGUUAUAGGAGCCCGGCCAUUUAUUUUGACCCUGUGGAGCUCUAGACGAACAGUUUUGGUGGAAACAGGAGAGUUGAGAUGCACAUUUAAUUUUGCAGUAAGUUGGGCAGCUGUGGUUUUAUGUUUUUUGGAUACAAUCCGGGUUAGUACCCGUACAUCCCUUUUAGACAGCUUCCUCUUGCGUCGACAGCUCUAUAUUUUUCAAAAUCUUAAUUUGGGAUGAACCUGUGUGUCAUUUAUCUACUCUGAUUUGUUCUUAACAGCUGUUGCACAAAAGCAGGAGAUGGGUGGGCCAGAAAUAUCUUUUUUUAGUAAUGUUUUGAAAAUCUUAGUUUUUGAUAUUAAUCUUUGGGUAAACAAGUGUGUCAUUUAUCACUUGGAUUUGUUCUCAACAGGUUUGCACAACAUCAGAUGGUGGCUGGACAAGAGAUACGGACAAAUCCCCCUGCCCACCUAUACCGGCUCCUGCACCUGCGCAUUCACCUGCUCCCCACCCUAAACCUGAGCCCUCUAGCCUGGACAAGAAGCUCUGCCACAAACGUCCGAGACGUUCAGCUGACAGCUAAAGAGCUGGGAUGCAGCCAGCAGACACCAAAUGGCUGAAACGGAGCAGCAGCAAGGUUGUCUUGCUUGUCCAGCUAUCUGUGGUUCGAGCAAGGCUCUGUGCUUUAGCCAGUUUAGUCUGAGGUGCUGUUGCAUGUGUUUUAAUAGAGGUUCCUUGGCACUGGAAACGUGUGAAACAGCAGUCUGUAAUGCAGGUCAAUCGCUUUCAUAAGGUAAACUUUAACUUGAGUGCAUAGUUAAAGGGAUACUUCUCCCAAAAAUGAAAAUUCUGUCUUCAUUUACUCACCCUGUAAAUCUGUAUAAAUGUCUUUGUUCUGAUGAACACAGAGAAAGAUAUUUGGAAGAAUGCUUAUAACCAAACAGAUCUCGACCCCCAUUGAAUACCAUAGUAGGAAAAAAUAAAAUGCUAGUCAAAGGUGCCCCAGAACUGUUUGCUGUCCUACAUUCUUUUGUGUUGAACAGAACAAAAAAAUGAUAAAGUAAUUCUUCCUACUAUGGGAGUCAAUGGGGGGCAAGAUCUAUUUGGUUGUAAGCAUUCUUCCAAAUAUCUUUCUCUGUGUUCAUCACGACAAAGAGAUUUAUACAGAUUUGGAGCAACUCGAAGGUGAGUAAAUGAUGACAGAAUUUUCCUUUUUGAGUGAACUAUCCCUGUAAUGGAUAUUUAGGCCCAAUCCCUGUUAUAUUUUAUACACCUUCGUCUACCCCUAGAGAAUUCUGAAUUCUGUAGUUUCCACCAAACUGAGUGAUUGUUUUUAAAGAAAAAUAGUAUCCUUAAAAACUUUUAAUCAGAAUUUAGGCCAAACUACAGCACAGAGUCAGCACUUCUCAAAGUGACAAACAACCGUCUUCAAACAUCUGACGGUGACUGAAUGUCUGGAUCUUUGUGCAGCUUUUUACAUUAUAUAUGAAUAUGAUGGAUAUAUUUGAAAACUAUGUUGUCUUUAGUGGGCAGGCGUUACCAACUGCAUGUAAUGCCCCACAUGACCUGCUAAGCAGCCAACUAACUGUCCUCACAUACAACUGAAAUGUUUGCAUAACGUGAGAGGCCUCUACGCUAAUAAGUUUGUCUCAUGUCUUGUUUUCUUGUGUCAUUCUCGGGACAUCUGAGUCAGACAGAGCCAGGUCCGGUUGGACUGACUGCUCAACCUCAUGAUGACCACAGAUGAUGAAGGUAAUGGGAGUAAUGAGUCAGGUGGUGAAGGGAUGCCAGAAGUGCUGCUGACAAAAGAGAAAGCGAGUAGUAGUGGAUGUUUCUGGUUGAUGAUGAGAAGAUCUUCAUCAAGACCUCAACAACUUAGAGAGCAGCUUCUUCAGGCCAUCGAUGAGCAAAAUAAUAUUCAUAAUGAGGCAGCGGUAUUGGAUGUAAUAUACUGCCUGGAAAGAUACCCGAUGACUAAAGAGGCUCUGAUGGAAACCAGGCUCGGAAAGUUGAUCAAUGAUGUGAGAAAAAAGUGCACGGACGAAGAUGUUGUUGAACGUCUAAAAAGACUUGUACGAAGUUGGCAGAGGCUGAUCGGAGUAAAUGGAGUCAUGGAAAAAGAGCUCUCAUGCCCUGCAGACACAGCGCAUUCGAUACGAGGCAAAUUAGUUUCUAGAUCAACUCAAACCUUUGGGAAUUUUGUUUACAGUAAUGCGAACCAAAGGGCUGAAAGGUGUUAUGGCUCUGCUUCUGGUAAAUCCACGAAUCAUUUCAGACGAAGCAAAAUCCCCAUCCGUGCAAUCAACCCAUAUUCUUCAUCCCUCAUAUCUACUAAACAGCCUUAUGCUUCCAUGAAUGUGAGAACAUCUCUGUCAAACCAGCCUCCCCAAGACCACCAAAAUGUCGGAUACCUGCAGAAGUCCAAAAGUGCCCUUGCCAGUCAAAAGAACCUGGUGACCGGGGAACCGGCACUGUCCACCAGCGCUGUUUCUCAUGUGCCUUCACAUUCUUCUGUUCAGGACUCGCACACGGAGGCAGAACAGCUGUCAGACUUCAUGAACAACCACAUACUCAAAAACCUGUUCUCACCCACUGAGGUUUCUAAUGGAGUUAAAGAGCCAACUGUGAGAACCUUUGAGAAUGAAACGAUAAAGAAUCAGCACUGCACCUCAAACGACAAACACAACGGACAUCACAUAGAGGGCAAUAACAAACCCGCACAACUGAAUGGAAGCAAUAUAGCAUAUGACCAUCAUACUAAACAAGUCAAAUUGAUUUCAUACAAAACAUCCAACCCACUUGAAGACUGCCAGAGAACAGCAGAAAGUGCAGCUCGGGCAUCUGAGGACGUCCUUGUCCAGGAGACAAAUUCAAGUGAGCUGUCCCAAAGAAAAAUGAUUAAGCCUGACACGAUCUUCCAGAAUAGCUUGACCACAGAAAGUCAAACUUUAGGGAUGAAUUUAAAUGUGGCUGAGAAUUUGAAGCAAGGGGAUCAUGCUAUCAAAGAGUGUAGACAAGCAAAUGUGUUUGUACCAGAUUUCUGCAUGACAGAGCUCCCAAGGAUCCACCGAGACCUCACUGAGAAUGAUCUUUACAGAUUACAUCAUGAUCAAUGGCAUGGAGUGAACGGAUGUUAUGAUAACAGGAAGAACUGGUAUGACUGGACACAGUCUUUUACACUGGAUUCACACGGGAGUCCACUGAAGAUCUCGCCUUAUGUUUGCAUAGAUUACAGACUGUAGGGUUUGAAAGACAAAAAAUGUUUACAAACAUUUCUACAGAUGUAGUUUUCUCUUGUUUGUCAUGUGUGCUUUUUCAAAUGAUUGUAGUAAUUAUAAGUGAACACCUCAGUCUUGGCUCUGACAAACCUGCUAUAUGUGCAUGAUACGUGUUGGUUUCUGUAACAAAUUGUCUUUCUGUAUAAAAAGAUUUUUAGGAAAUGAUUGAUAUUUUUUUCAAUUGGUUAAAUAAAGUCUUCAUGUUCUUAU